AUGGCUGGCGAUAAAGAAACCCUUUUAAGCAUGGGAUUUGAUAGCGCGCGAGUCGAAUGGGCGUUAAAGGCUACAGGAAAUCGCGGCCUACAACCUGCGAUGGAUCACAUAAUAGAACACGAAGGUCAACCUGUUCCAGAAUUAAGUGGUGUCAACGAGUCUACGAACAGCAGGGUACCGAUGGACGUUGAUGAUGACGAGGAUGCAGAGGCGUUGAGGAGUCUUGGAGUUGUGGCCGGGAAUGCAGUAGAGGCUAAGAAGAGUAUUAAAUGUUCAGAGUGUGGCAAGAUAUUCAAGAAUACGGCGCUGGCUAACUUCCAUGCGGAGAAAAGUGGACAUGAUCAAUUCGAAGAAUCUACCGAGGAAAUCAAGCCCUUAACAGAGGAGGAGAAGAAACAAAGGUUGGAAGAGUUGAAGGCGAAGAUGGCAGAGAAGCGCUCUAAAAAGGCAGAAGUAGAAGCCGCAGAGUUUAAGGUCAACGAGGCCAUCCGACGCAAGGCUGGAAAGGAGAUAGGCAAGAUCAAGGAAGAUAUGAAACUUAAGGAGGCAAUGAAGGAAGCGGAAGCCAAAAAGCGAGAAAAAAUUGAGGAUGCACGCGCUAAAGCAGCAGUCAAGGCCCAGAUUGAGGCCGACAAGAAAGCUCGGGCCGAAAAAGCAGCUCGAGAGAAAGCGUUGCGAGAUGGACAACCCCUUACAGCGACUUCUUCAGCCGUGCCUGCAACUCCAGCAGUGGCAAGCAUCAGUGUCGCAAGUAAAGACUUUAAAGAAACCAGGCUACAAAUUCGCAUGGCUACUGGUGGACAACCGUACACCACGACACUACCAAGCGAUGCGCCCUUGCGUGAAGUGGCCGAAUUUCUCGCAGGGCAGUCACUCGCAAUCGAUGUCGACACCGUUACCCUAACUCAGCAAUUCCCCAGGAAAACCUUUGCUCAAGCGGACUUUGGGAAGUCUUUGAAGGAUCUUGGGCUUACUCCAUCUGCCGUACCUAUCGUCUCUCUCGUCUAUCAAACUUAUCGUCCUAAUAUCGGUCCUAGGUACUCAUUGCAAGCACGCCUUGAUAGAAAGCCAUCCAAAUGUAUCAACAUGUGUAUUAAUAUCUCACACGUUUUCGACGGUAUUUCUCGAAGACAUUCAUGUUUUCUUUGUGCUUCAGUACGAGUGACAAGAUGA